GUGUUAAUAUGAAUCACUUUUUGAACUUUAUUAAUACGUAAUGACUACAUAUAUGAAAAUUUAAUUUUCACAAUUUAUGACAAUGAAGCAUUUAUAAUUUUAUUAAUUACACAAUCAUUUAUUUGUUAAUCCUUUUUAAUUAAUACGUUUAUGAUCUUAGUGUAAAAAUAUGUUUUAUUAUUAUUUAUAUAUGUAUAUAUUUCUAUAAAUAGGGUCUGAACUGGCAAAAUAUUAAUGGCCUUAUUGGAGUUACUGUUCUUACUACAUAUGAAUUUGUAAUUUAUUUUCUCAAGGGAUUUAUAUAAUAUUUAGCACUUUUAAAUACACUUCGUGUGAGGUUUUUCAUUCAUAUGCAAUUAGGCACGUAAUUAUAAUAUUAUAGCAUUGUAUUUUUAAAUGAAUUUCAACUUUAUUAUUAUUUUUUUUUCAUUUGCAAGAUCAAAAAAGUUCUAAAAUAUAUAAUUGGCAUAAUUUUUUAACACUAAAUACUCAAAAAGUAAAAGAAAUCAUUUACCAAAUAAUAAAAUAUAUUUAUAUAUUCUUGUUGAUUUAAGCAAAAGUAUUGUCCGCCAUUUUUGUAACGGAAAUUUUGGCCUUGGAAUGGAUUAUUGUAGCACUAAUUAUCCAAAUUAUCCAUUAUUUAAGUUUGAAAAAAUAAAAACUAAUUUCAUAUAAAAUGAGUUAAAAUGAAAUUCAAUAAUAGUUUCGAACAGUUAAAAUGUUCAAUAGUUUUAAUUUAGUUAUAGUUACUUUAAUGUUCAAAACUAAAUAAAACUGACACACUUAAUAUGUUCGCUUUGAGCAAAUAUUCUUAGAACUCUAUAUGAUUUUUCUUAACACUUUAAAUUACUGUUUAUAACAAUAUUCAUAAUUUUUUAUUAUUUUUUAUCGACGAAAAAUAAUCGAUUAACUUUAUCGAAAACAUUUAAAUUCCAUUUUUAUUACAAAUUUAAUAUUCGUUACGGUCCUAAACAUUAUUUCAUUAUUCCGCCAGAACGGUUGAAUAGCUACAGCACUAGCAAAUUGAAAUAAAUUCUUGAAAUAAAUUUGCAAUUCGAAACUUUAAAACCGUUUUCAACGGCAGAAAUAACAUUAAUUUUGCUCCUUUCCGACAGUUUAGCAGAAGACGGCACUUCUCUAACUUUUUGUAACAAAAUUUACGUGCAAUGUGAUAACGGUACUGCUACCUGCUUAAUAUCAAACUCUGCAGUGAUAGAGUAGUAACAAAAUUAAUUUAUUUUUCAACUCCAGGAAAGUCAAAACUGAUAUAACACCUUGGUGGUAUCAUAAAAUGUUGUUGUUGUUGUUAUAUGCUAUUUUAGCGAUUGCUAAUGUCAGUUGUAUUGGAGUGGCGAUCAGGAAUGAAACCGAGAACGGUUACUUUUCAGAAAAAUACGAACUGUGCUUUGAACUCAAAAUGGAUGGUAAAACUUAUUUUUUCGCCUUGGGUGGGUAUAAUUGGUUCAUCAAGGAAUUAUUACGUGAUGGAAUAUUUGGCCCGGAAACAGACAAAGGGAAAUUCGUAUAUUAUUAUAUUAAGGGAUUCUCUUACAAUGUUCAAGGCAAACAAUAUUUGUACGCCAUUACCGAAACGAAUUAUUGGUUUAUUCAAGAAAUCUUAACCGGCGGACGCUUAGGUAAAGAGACAUCCAAGGGAUAUUGGGAUUCAACACCCAAUCUUAUAUUCCCAGUUAAUGUUAAUCGUGAAUAUUUUGUACUGACUGUUUCAUCUCAAAAUUGGUACAUAAAACAAUUGACAUCAGUUGGAACCGUAGGUAAACAAACUGAUAAAGGAAAAUGGCCAAAAUAUUACACCCUUGGAUUUCCGUUUUCGAUUCACGGUAGGCAAUUUAUUUACCUAAGCGAUGCUGCUAGAUGGUCUACAAGGGAAGUCGUCAGCGGUGGUAAAAUGGGUAAGGAGGUCGUAAACGGACAAUGUAGAAAAAAGCCUAUACAAUAUUACCCAUUUUCUAUGCGUGGCAAGCAAUACUAUUAUGGCUUGAACAACUCUAAAAAGGAUUGGUUCAUACAAGAAUUUAAACCAAAUGGCAAAAUGGGAAGGGUGCAUGCCGUGGGUCUAUGGGAAGAUUAUUACCAUUUAUCGUUUCCAUUUAAAAUCGAUGGCGUUCAGUACAUGUAUUUUUUGAAUGAUAAAAAUUAUAUAAUUCGAAAAGUACAACAAACGCCACCUUUUUGCCCGAUUCUAGUCAAUCCAAAAUCAUAUUGUAGCAAGGAAUCAAAACUGAGAUGCGGUGUUUUAUAUCCACGAAUAGAGCGACAAAUGAACUAUGGCGGCUCCAAUGAGGCCUGCACUGAAUUCAAUUUCAUCACUGAUUACAUAACCGAUAUCGUAAAAGAUGACUACUAUGUAACAGUAAAGGUUAAUGAUCGCAAAACUGCCAUCAAGUCCUAUUCGAAGUUAAAGAAAGGUUCAACAAUUGACUUAACUGUGUCAAUGAACGCUGAAAUACAUCAUAAACAUUUGACGACCGAGAAGUCGCCAGAACCUCAAGCCGUACUUGAACAUUUACAAAAAUUGGAGCGGGACAAAAAUGAUGAAGCUGGUCAUCUAUUGGCCCCGUCUUUAGGUGGUACACUGCAGGCGUAUAAUUUUGUACCACUAAGUCCUAUGAUUAAUCGAAAACUGCUGCUGUCUGGUAAUAGCAUACGAGCACCACAACGUGGUUGGUUCGAUGUAGAGGGUUUGAUACACAAUUAUGUAGCUGAAACCGGCGGCUACGUAGGUUGGGAUUUAGUCAUUUCAUAUGGCAACUUGGCCAAUUCACUUCGUCCUACCGAAUUUUGGUUGUUGGUAAAAUUAUAUGAUGCCACUGGCAAGUUAACAAAUUGGGGAGGAAAUAAGGCUGUCACCGGUUAUCACUUUCGCAAUGUACCCACCGAAGCAUGUACAGCUUUGAAUAGUACAUGGUGGAAUAUACCCUAUUAACGCAUCUUCUAACACCUAAUGUGAAGAAUUUUACUUUUGUGAAAAUAAAUAUGUUUAAUUGCACAUUGUUUGUGUUUUUGUUUCAAUUCAGUGCUUACAGUCAGUUCAUGUCUAAAGAUUUUGUUGGCGAUUCCUAUACGAGUAUAUAGGUAUAUAUAUAUAUUUAUAUUGAUAUCCAAGGUCCCCAAUGUAUUUAUAAAUAAUUUUUAACGCUACAACAACUUCCACACAUGAUUCAUUGAAAAAAUAACCGUUAAUUUAAUACGUAUUUAUUACAAUUGAAAUUAAUAUUUUCAUUGAUAAGUGUUUAAGCAUAAUUAAAAUAAGAAACUAAAAUUAUUCAAAAACAAAGUAAUAACUAAUAGGGAAAAUGUAUAUUAUAAACAAUAAUUAUAAAUAAUGCGAUUACAAACAGAUGAUGAAUACAGUAUUAUAAUGCAUGUGUAAGCAGAUACGCAAAAUAGCUUAAAGCAAGCAAAAGUGUUUUCAAUCAGUUUCACUAAAUUUUAGAAUAAUCCGUUUAGUUGUUUGAAUAUGUAUGUAUCGAAAGUCUAUAACUACAAAUGAAAACCAACGGUAAAUAAGGUAAAAUUUUAAUUUUUGAUAUCAUUAUUGGGCAAAAUACUUCAACGACGUUUAAUUCGUCGCACCUUUAGUAUUAUUUAAAAUAAAUUCAAAAUUUAAGUUGCUCUACUUUAUAAAAAUAACAAAAAAAUUAAGUUUGGAAUUGCAGCUUUUUAUUACCACAACUGCAAACUAUGUUUAAGUUUUGAGCAAAUUUUUGUAGAACUCUUCAAAACGGAAACUGUAUUUUCCGCUUACUUUUUUUUACUUGUUUUAACUGCAUUAUUAAUUCAGAAAAGCGUAACCUUACAUAUAAGAUUAGAUUGUGGAUUAGACUUGGUAAAGUCGUUUUCAGUAUCAUUUCAAUGUUCGCUUUAUAUUUUCCGUAUAUAAUUAUAAUAUGAAAAUGUAUGUAUAUUUAUAUACGUAUUUAUCGCAUACUUUAUUUUUAGUAUUUAUUGCUUGUGUAUAUGCAUGUGUGUAUGUGUGUAAAACUUGUUGUAAGAAUGACAAAAAAUAUUUACAACAAUUUUUUUGUUUGUGGAUGCUAUGCAGAAUUGCUAACUCAGUUACUUUCUGUUAGCCAAACGAGUUUACUUUUCCAGUUAUGUUAGGUAAAUGGGCUAAAAAAAAAAACUUGCAACGGUAAAAUGUACUUUUGUCUAGCAUCCAAAUUUUUGUUAAAAUCAACAAUUUACUUAAUUUAAACUCCACUUAGUCUAAAGGCAUGCAGACAUUUCUUGACUUCAACAUAAUACAAUAUUUUUAUUUCUACUAAAAAUCUUUCAUUUCUCAUUUUACACAAUUUUUUUUCAAAUAAAAUGCAUAGAAGUUUUCUUCAAUUUUCGCGCGAUAUUUUGUAUACAUUCUUACGCGCACAUUUUUCAAAUAGCUGCUUUUGUUAGUCGGUUGUUUGUUUGCAAACAUUAAAAAAUUAGCUUCACUUAAUUAGUUGAGUUUCUUUAUAAAUUUGAUUAAAGCAAUCAAUGAAAAUCCUUUUUAGUUUAACCAACUUUAAUUUCGCGAUUUUUAAUAUUUUAAUGAACUCUACAUAAAUCAUGUAUAUAUUUUUGUAUGUUUAUUCGCAUAUAGUAUAUGUAUAUGUAUGUAUAAUUGUUUUUUUUUAUAAAUAAUUUUUCACUUCUCUUAAAUAACGUUUCUAUUAAAUAACAUGCUUCUUUUAUUAUGUAAUAAUGCAUAUUGUUUUGUAUACUUAGCCGAACUAUGUGUUCUAUUCAAAUUACUGUUUACUUAAACUAAUACAAAAUCGAAUUAAACAGCGAUGGUCACACCAAACAUUUGAACAAGUUAGAGCGAAACAUUUUACAAAAUCGAAUAUUUCAAACUGAAAAAUAAGUGUCCAAACGACCAACAAUUCUCCUCCAUAGUUCCAAAGGGGAGAAUUCAUUCACACCGUUCUCGCUCUCUAAGUUGGCGUAGAUGAGUUGCUUUCCUCUAUAUUUUACAAUGAAUUUAGCUGCGCAUUUGCGAGAUAUCAACACCAGUCGGCUGUGUAUGUAAAAUCGUGGAAGAACAGUUGCUCUUCGUCAGUCAAAUGUCGUGGCUCUUUUGGAGGCGUCAGCUGCGGUUUUUCAGAGGUG